AUGCUACCAUCGGAAACAGCGGAGACGAACGUGAAACCGACCAAAACUAGACUCAUUCGGAAGUUGUUAAAUCGUCAAAAGCGUCGUGGAAAUCCCGACAGUAGUCGCUCCACAAAAUGGGACACCAGCGUGAUCAAUUCAGCAGUGGGUGAGAAUGGAUUGGAAGUGAGCGAAGGUGAGCUGCAAACCCUACGUCUCACCAUAAAUCAACGGGAACGACAACGCAUGCAAGAUUUGAAUCAGGCCAUGGAUGGGUUGAGAUCUGUUCUACCCUAUUCGCAUGGACCUUCUGUUCGCAAGUUAUCGAAAAUCGCUACUCUAUUACUGGCCAAAGAUUAUAUUCUACUUUUAACUGCCACAAUUCGUGACUUUGAAUCGCAUCGUCCGACCGCGGAAUCCAAUCCGAUUGAUUAUUCUUCCGCACACAUCGGACAGGCGACCUACAACCAAAUGAUCAAUCUUGAUGAACUGUUGUCCAAAAGCCACGCAUUUAAACACUCGACCAAUUUUGAUCAGUCACUUCCU